CUGAGACAUGACGGAACCAAUUAAGCCCUUGUCUUUAAGAAUAUUUUGUCAAGGUGCUGUAGCUGGACCAGAGUUGAUUGUAAAUGUGGACAGUAUCAAAAAAUGGAUGUCAGUAGUAAAGACGGUCCGAACCCAGAAGAACCGUCUGCAGCCCAUCAUGGAUGACGACUUCGAUCAGCGCAUGGAGCUGAGGAGGCAGAGGCGUGAGCAGAUGCGCCUGGAGUCGGAGAAGGGCUUCAGCACAACCGAUGAUGACGAGGAGGCGGCUCGAGAGCGGAGGAGAAAGGCUCGUGAGGAGAGGAUGAAGAAGGCUGAGAUGGAGGAGUCCAGCGCUGGGACCAUCCAAGCCAACAACACUAACAGCGUAACGGAGGCAGAGUCCUUCUCCACCAGUGCCGAGGUGAGCUCCUCAGGAGUAGUUGAGGAUGACGCUGUACUCCUGGACCGCCUGGCCAAACGUGAGGAACGUAGACAGAGGAGGAUGAAGGAGGCCCUUGAGAGACAGAAGGAGUUGGACCCCACCAUCACUGACAGCCACGUCCCCGAAAACAACGAGAACAAUCAGGAGGAGGAGCAGAGGUCCGACCACAGAACGCAAAACCAAGUGACAUCUGAGCAGGACAUAGAGGAAAAAACGGCCCAGGAGGAGGUGACCACCAACUCCUGGAGUAGAGAGGAGGAGGGAAAUAAGGAGGAGAUCCGAGACGAAAAGGUGUCCACAAAGGAGGAAGAGCCUGAACCUCUCCAAGAGAAGAAAGAGGAGGAGGUUCCGGAAACACCAAUACCACCAGAAAAAGAUGUUGAGUCCGUUUUGCCCAAGAUGGAGGUAGGGGAGCAAUCUGUUGAAGAGGUAUCUAAGAGAGAGGAGGAAGAGAAACAGAAGAAAGAGAUUGAAGAAAAAGAGGCUGCGGAAAAAGCUGCAAAACUGAAAAAGGAUGCAGAAGAAAAAGAAAAGGCUGAGAAGCUAAGGAAAGAAGAAGAAAUGGCAGCAAAACUCAAGAAAGAGGCUGAAGAAAAGGCUGCAAAGGAGAGGAAAGAAGCUGAAGAAAAAGAAAAAGCUGAAAAAGCCAGAAAAGAAGAAGAAAAAGCUGCUAAACUCAAGAAAGAGGCUGAAGAAAAGGCUGCAAAGGAGAGGAAAGAAGCUGAAGAAAAAGCAGAAAAAGCCAGAAUAGAAGAAGAAAAAGCUGCUAAACUCAAGAAAGAGGCUGAAGAAAAAGCAGCAAAACUCAAAAAAGAAGAAGAAAAAGCUGCAAAACUCAGAAAAGAAGAAGAAGAAAAAGCUGCAAAACUCAAGAAAGAAGCUGAAGAGAAAGUAAAAAAAUCUAAGCAAGCAGAGGAAAAGAAGAAAUUGGAGGAGGAAAAGUCCAAAAAACGGGAUGCUGAGAAGGUCGAGGUGGAGAAACCGAAGCUGCGAUCAGUCAAGAAAGAUGAGAAAGACUCCACCCCCUCCAAGCAACAGAACGGAGCUGUUCACUCCGCCAAGGCUGAGGACCAGAAGCGACUGGAGGCGGAGAAGAAGCUCGAGGAACUGAAGCGCCGCCGCAACGAAGCGGACAGCGAGGAGGUUGAAAAGAUGAGGCAGAAACAACAGGAAGAAGAGGCCGAGCUGGAAGAACUGAAGAAGAAGAGGGAGGGCCGAAAGAAGAUCAUUGAGGAAGAGGAAAAACAAAAGAAGGCCGAGCUGGCAGAGAAGAAGGCCAAAGAGCAGGAAGAGAGGAAGAGGCUGAGGGAAGAGAUAGAGCAAAGAAGAAAAGAGGCUGCUGAGAAGAAGAAACACAUGAUGGAGGAAUCCUCAGAUGGAGACAAGAAGCCCUUCACAUUGGGUGUCACCCCUAAGGGCAAGAUUGGGGAGAAGGCAGAGUUCUUGAACCAGAGAUCACAGAAAAGUGUGACACCCAGGAGCUCUCACACUCCAGUCGUCUCCAAGAUUGGCAACAGGCUGGAGCAGUACACGACCGCAGUUCAGACCAACCGGAACGUCAGGUCCCCCAAGUCUCCAACGUCAGACCUGCCAGAGACACCAAGUAUCCGCAACAUCAAGAGCAUGUGGGAGAAGGGAAAUGUUGGGGGGGCCACAGACACUCCAAAACCUACAAAUAGGGAUGCUGUUGAUAUAAAAGUGGGCGUGGCUAGUCUGACAAAAGGCUGGGGAAAGAGCCCAGCAGACACAGGCAAGGCCACCGCGGCCGCAGCUGAGAAGGCUGAAGACCUGAAGCCCGUUGACGUCGGCAAAAAGCGAAGCCAAUGGGAAACAAAGGACUCAUCAUCUGCCAAGGUGACUGUCGGAGGCAAGAGCAUAUCUGUCACGAAUGCAGGUAUGAGACGCUAAUCCAAUUAGAAAUCCCAGAGGACGAAGAUCAAACUGACGAAAAGCCAAAGUCUACAAUGUGUAUUCAAAUAAAAAUCAAAAAUCUUUCCAUAAAAGCCACACAUUGGGUUUUAUGAAAGAGAAGUGGAGUAUCAACAACUGGGUUAUUCCUUUUAGGUGGUAUUCAGAGUUUAGAUUAGAACAAGUUAAAUGAGCAACUUUGUAUCAAUCAUUCAUUGACGUUGAAGAUGCAUUCCAAUAUUUCUGGCCACUGGCUAUGAAAGUGGUGCUGUUGAGCCAAAAGCGGUCCCUGACAAUUGCAUACUUUAUCAUGUACAGUGGGUAUAGAAAAUAAUCACCCCCCUUUAAAAUAAUCACAUUAUUGAAAUGAAGACAGACACAGUUUUU